AUGCUCAAAAUCCUCAAGAGGCUCUGUAGCUCCGUGAUGAACGAAACCAACAAACGUGUCAAUGGGCAACAUGGGACCUACAAUAAACAGGCUUUUGACGACUGUUCCACUCCGACCGGUAGCAAGUUCUCAGUCAACAUUCUUUAUCGGUGCUCCUUCAAGAGUUCGAUCGAAGCUCCGUCUGCGCAAAACAGGGACACCUCACACUUCGGCAGGUGGCUUUCUCGAAGUCUGGGAAACCAUUCCAUCACAUCCACUACCCCGUUGUCGCCUACGCGUGCGCGCCUCCCUACGAUGAAGCGACCUCAACGCGGACAGCGGAGUGGGUCGGCGGGCAGUGAACAGGGAGAGGCUUUCACGCUGCUGAUUAAUGAGGUCGCUUGGUCAACUGGGAUCCCAAGUUUCCAGAAAAAUCGCCCGGUUUUCUUUACAGGUGACUUGAAGUGUAGUCAGAAGUUCUAA